AUGCCUGCCGGCGGCAUGUUCAGCAUCGACAACAUCCUGGCGGCCCGGCCCCGCUGCAAGGCGUCCUCCUCGCCCUCCUCCUCCUCCUCUUCCUCGCUGGUGCUGCAGCCCCAGGGCGCCGCGCCCGUCGUCUUCUCGGCCAGCCUGCCCGGCGGGGACUCGCUCUACGCCGCGGCCGGCGGCGACUACGGCGGCUACUACCCGCGGGCCGUGGCGCCGGCGUCCGGCCUGCCCGCCCUCGGGGGGUCGCGGCUGGGGGGCUACGGCAACUACUACUACGGGCAGCUCCACGUCCAGGCGUCGGCCGUCGGCCCUUCCUGCUGCGGCGCCGUGCAGCCCUUGGGGGCUCAGCAGUGCUCCUGCGUCCCGGCCGCAGGUUACGAAGGUACAGGCUCCGUCCUCAUGUCCCCCGUGCCCCACCAGAUGCUGCCCUAUAUGAACGUGGGCACCCUGUCCCGGACGGAACUGCAGCUGCUGAACCAGCUCCACUGCCGGAGGAAACGGAGGCACCGCACCAUCUUCACCGACGAACAGCUGGAGGCGCUGGAAAACCUCUUCCAGGAAACCAAAUACCCAGAUGUGGGUACGAGGGAACAGCUGGCCAGGAGAGUGCAUUUGCGGGAGGAGAAAGUGGAGGUUUGGUUCAAGAACCGCCGGGCUAAAUGGAGGAGGCAAAAGCGAUCUUCUUCGGAGGAGUCCGAAAACGCCCAGAAAUGGAAUAAAGCUUCCAAAACAUCCCCGGAGAAGAGACAGGAAGAAAACAAAAGCGAUCUGGACUCCGACAGCUGA